UCCAGCAGCACAGGCGAGGAGACGGGCCCACAUGACGAGACCAGCUGCAGCCCAGAUGAGACGACCAGCAGCGUCGAGCGGCGCAGAGGCCCCCGGGCGGCUCGGCGCUGCCCCGUGCCCUCGGCGGAGGAGCUCGCAUGGCUUCCGGGAGGAGAGCGCGGCCAGCUCGGACGUGCUCCUCCGGAGCGGCGAGGCCCAUCCAGCGCCCCCUCUCGACGGGGGCCUCGGGGCGCCGGGCCUCGAGCCGCCGCGGGUGAGAGGCGCCUGCAGCUGGACGCACUGGAUGAACAUGCUGGCGCUCCUCGCCAGCGCCGCCGUCGCGUACCUCGACUAUUCUGGCGUCUUCGGCGAGGGGAGCGCCGAGCUGGGCGCGAGGUACCGGACCCUCGUGACUCCGGCCCCCUGGACGUCCUGCAUCUGGGUCGUCAUCUACGCCCUGGAGGCCGUCUUCGCGGCCGCGCAGCUGAGCUUCGGCGGCUUCCGGGGCAGCGGCCUGGUCGAGGCCGUCACGCAGUCGUGGAUCCUGACGUGCGCCUGUCAGAUCCUGUGGUUUGUGCUGUACAGCCAGGAGCUCCUCGCGAUGGCCCUCGCCAUCUCGUGCGUCCUGGCCACGACGCUCCUCCUCCUGCUCGCCCGGGCCGACGCGGAGGACAUGACCCCGGCGGAGUUCUGGCUGCUGCGCGUGCCGUUCUCCGUGCACGCGGGCUGGGCUGUCGUGCUCUGCGGCCAGAAUCUGAACGUGGUGGCCAGCAUGAUGCUUCUGCCGUCGGAUACGCUGCUGGCGCUGGCCUACGCGACGCUGGCCUGCACCCUGUCGGCUGUCGUUUUCUACCAGCUCGUGGCCUCGCGGCCCGACGCCGUCAUCGCCGGCGUCGUCGUCUGGGCCCUGGGCGGCGUCUGGACUGAGCUGUCCGACCCGAAUCGGCUGGACAGCUACGGCGAGCAGUACGCCGGUCAGCGCUGGGACAGG